AUGUCUGGACUUUUUGUUGACUUUUCCCCCCCUGUAUUUCUGUUUCCUGUUCCUGCAGUGGAGUAUGACCGGGAGCUCUCUCCGCAGCGGCGUCACCACAAGGAGUUUAAGUUCAACCUGUCGCAGAUCCCAGAGGGCGAGGCCAUCACGGCAGCCGAGUUCCGCCUUUACAAGGAGUGCGUGAGCCAAGCGUUUCGCAACGACACCUUCAUGCUCAAAGUCUACCAGGUGGUCAAGGAGCACCCUGACAGAGAGGCGGAUCUGUUCCUGCUGGAGUCCAGGAGGCUUUGGGCCGCUGAGGAAGGAUGGCUGGAGUUUGACAUCACGGCGACCAGCAACCUGUGGGUGAUGAGUCCGGUGCAUAACCUGGGCCUGCAGGUCAGCGUGGAGACCAGUAGCGGGCAGACCAUCAGCUGUAAAGACGCGGGCCUCGUGGGACGAGACGGCGCGCUGGAGAAGCAGCCUUUCAUGGUGGCCUUCUUUAAGGUCAGCGAGGUCCACAUCCGCUCUGCCCGCUCCGCAGGAGGGAAACGGCGGCACCAGAAUCGCAACCGCUCCACACAACCGCAAGAGGCGUCCAGAGGGUCGGGCCAAACAGAUUACAACAGCAGCAAUCAGAAGACGGCGUGCAAAAGACACGAGCUGUAUGUUAGCUUCAGAGAGCUGGGCUGGCAGGACUGGAUCAUUGCCCCCGAGGGCUACGCCGCCAACUACUGUGAUGGAGAAUGUUCCUUCCCCCUGAAUGGACACAUGAAUGCCACCAACCACGCCAUCGUGCAAACGCUGGUGCACCUGAUGAACCCGGAGAACGUGCCGAAGCCUUGCUGCGCCCCCACCAAGCUCCACGCCAUCUCCGUCCUCUUCUUCGACGACAACUCCAACGUCAUCCUGAAGAAGUACAAGAACAUGGUGGUACGCGCCUGCGGCUGCCACUGACAACAGUGAGGACUGGUUGUACGCCGACGGACAAGGCUGAACUCAGUUGGACUCGUUUUUGUUUUCGUUUUGUUUUGUUUUUUUUGCAGCCUGGAAGUCAGCAGCAUCUAGUUCAAUAAUCACAAACGGAAACUAUUAACAUGUCGACGACAAGGAUGGGGAUCGAUACCAGACUGAGAGUUACAGGCGACUUCUCCCCAUUCCAGUGUUGAGCCAGCAUCGUCGUCGUCGGCGUCACGCUCCAGACUUCGCUUUCACGGACUUUGUGUGUCUGAGAGGAGUGUUUAGUUUGUAUAUUGUGUGUUUAUUGAAUCGCAGGAAGGCCUGACAGGCUGCCGUAACCAAUCUGUUGAUGGACCAGUUAGACUGCUGCUUUCAUUCCCCCAUCUCCUCUCCGAAGGAAAACACAGCGGACCAAAUCUGAGGAGGCGUACGAAAGAUCAGUUUCCCCGCGACCGACCCGAACACCUGCUCAGCCAACGCAAAAAUCUGCACCGUCGAGACGAGAACAAACGAGGCCAGUUGCAACUUUACAGCAGAUGUUAACUGACGCAUCCGUCAGAACAUUCGUAUUUAUCCUUUUUUUUUUCCUACUGUAUUUUCCUCGCAAGCCAUAUUUACUUUCCCCAAAAUAUAAUUUGGACUCAACCGAAGUGACCACAUUCUGUUUUAGCAGCACGCUCCUCCAAAUAAUGCUCUCUGUGUCAAUAUUUGCCAGGCUCAGGCCGACAUGCCGUUCUUCGGGGCCGGUUUAACCCGAUCCAUGUUGUGGCCAAACUCGUGUUUUUCUACAAAAAGGACACAGAUUCAGCCCCUUUCGCCCUCCGACAUGCCACAAGUGGCCGUUUCUGUUUUGCUGCACUUGCGAAGCUCACAAACACGUCUAACCCCUUUACAAGAGAUUGUGGAAAAACAUUUGCAGAGACCAAAACGGUCCGCGUGACGAGUUCUUUUUCUUCUGUAACCCUGAGAGCGACAUUAUGCUCAGAUUUAGCUGCAGCGUCUUCCCCUCUGAGCGCGUUACUGUGAGCCUUAAAUGUCGUGGAAUAUUUAAAAGAACAUAUCUGAACGAGAGAGAGGAAAAAAAAGACUUGUAUCCGUACCAAUCAAAAAACCUUUUGUGCCUAACCGAUCUUAAAUAUUAUAUACCUCUGGAAAGCUGCUGUUUACAUUUGUGAUCCUGUUAAGACUGUUUUUUUUUUUCUGUAAAUACGUGUACAUUUUCAGCUUAUUUAUUGCACCUUUUAUUGAUAAAGAAAAUACCACAUUAAAGCGAGAAAUAAAAAUAAAAAAUACAAACAUGUUUUUGACAAAAUUUAUUAUGAAAUCUUAUGUUACAACUUUCCACUUUUGUUUCUUUUUUUGGUACAAAACUUGUGGAUAGGGAGCAAAUACUGCCCAUUGAAAAACUAAAUAGAGUUGUGUCACUGGACCUCUUUAGACCAUGUGUUGCUCGUAAAGCCAAAA